UCUAUAAGUACUCCGUCAGUAGAUCCUGAAAGAUUUAGUACUUCACUGAAUGAUUUGAAACAAUCGAUAAGUACUUCAUCAGUAGAUCUUGAAAGAUUUAGUACUUCACUGAAUGAUUUGAAACAAUCUAUAAGUACUCCGUCAGUAGAUCCUGAAAGAUUUAGUACUUCACUGAAUGAUUUGAAACAAUCGAUAAGUACUUUGUCUGUAGAUCCUGAAAAAUUUAGAACUUCACUGAAUGAUUUGAAACAAUCGAUAAGUACUCAGUCAGUAGAUCCUGAAAGAUUUAGUACUUCACUGAAUGAUUUGAAACAAUCGAUAAGUACUCAGGCAGUAGAUCCUGAAAAAUUUAGUACUUCACUGAAUGAUUUGAAACAAUCGAUAAAUACUCAGUCAGAAGAUCCUGAAAAAUUUAGUACUUCACUGAAUGAUUUGAAACAAUCGAUAAAUACUCAGUCAGAAGAUCCUGAAAGAUUUAGUACUUCACUGAAUGAUUCAAAACAAUCGAUAAGAACUCGUUCAGUAGAUCCUGAAAAAUUUAGUACUUCACUGAAUGAUUUGAAACAGUCAUUAAAUACUUCACCAAAUUACUUUGAAACAUUAAGUACAUCAAUGAAUGAUUUUGAAAGAAUCAAUACCUCACUUAAACGAUCAUUAAGUAGUUCACCAAAGGAUCCUGAAAGAUUUAGUACUUCUGUGUAUGGUGUUAAACAAACAUUAACUAAUACACUGAAUGAUGUCAAAAGAUUAAGUACAUCACAGAAUUAUUUCAAGCGAUCUUUAAGUUCUUCACCAGUUGAUCCUGAGAAAUUAACUGAUUUUAAGAGUUAUGAAAGUUCUUUUAUGAAUGUUUUCGAAAGUUCUUCAAGCACUUCAUCAAAUACUUCAUUGAAUAUUUCUACAAAUCCUUUUACACAUGCUCAAGGUGAUUCUGAGAGCUCUCUAGGCACCACUUUGAAUGGCUUUGAGAAUCAAAGUGAAUCUGAAAUGGUUAGUACAUUGCAAAAUGUAUCUGAAACAAGCUUAAGUACUUCUCAGAAAAAAUCUAAAUGGUCUUUAAGCACUUCAUCAAAUGAUUCUAAAAGGUCCAUAAGUUUGACAGCAAAUAAUUUUGAGAGAUCUUUAAAUACUUCACCGAAUAAUCUUUCGUGGUCUAUGAAUACCUCAUUGGAUGAUUCUAUUAUAUUUUUUAAUACUUCAGCAAAUGAUACCGAAGGAUUAAAUGCUUCCCCAAAUAGUUCUGAAAAGUUUUCAAUUAAUACCCAAAAUGAGUCUGAAAGACAUCCAAACAUGUCUAAAGGUUCUUCAGGGACAGCAAGAAAUUAUUUGAAAAGCUCUUCCAAUACCUCAGCAAAUAAUUCUGGAAGAGCUUUAAGUACUUCAUCAAAUAUUUUUGAAAGGUCUUUACCAAAUACUUAUGUAAGUUCACCUAGUACUGUACUGAAUUAUUCUAACAUCUCUGUAAGUUCUACACUGAAUAAUUCUGGAUUUACUUUAAACACCUUAUUGAACAAUCCUAAAAGAUCCUUAAAUACCGCAACAAAUCAAACUGAUGGAGCAACUUCACCUGCAACAUCCAUUCAUGUGGAUUUUAAUAAUGUUACCGAUGAUUCAAGUGAAGAAGGCUCAUUUGUUACGUCAUCUGUACCGCCAAUUGAUUAUUAUACAAAUAGCUCAAGUUUCACUUCACAUGCUGAAACCAUCACUGCAACAAGUCACUUAGUUCCCAGAAUUACAGAUAAUUUCUUAAAUACUACAUUUUUUUCUACAAUAAACAAUAUUACUAAAUUUAUUGCAACUACAUUGUCUUCAACACGGUCAGGUUCUCAAAGUUUAAUGAACAGUUCCAGAGAAUUAAAUUCUAACUUUACAACAGCUAAUUCAUCUGAAAUCGAUUUUGUUGAAUCAAAGACCAAUGACACACACGCAGCAAGAACAACACCACUGAGUGGCCCUCCUGAAGGAAGAACAGAUUCGCCCAGAAUUACACUGUCCAAGCCAACACAUGCACACGUAUCACUUUCUACCAUAGAAUCACUCAAAGAAGAAGCUGUAAGGACAUCAUCGACACCAGUUGUUGCGACAUUUGGUUCUAAUACUGGAAGUUAUACUGUGAUUUCACAAGUUUCCACUGACAUACCAAAGACAACAUUAAUUAAUAUUACCAGGAGUGAAUUUGCCACAACACGGUCUAGUCCAGCACUUCUUACAAGUCUUUUACCAAGAGACAAAACAUGGACAAUUACCAUACCUACAACUAGUGUUAUUAAAACAACUGAACCAGGCAGGACAAGGACUUUAGCUACCAUUAACACAUGGACCAGCAUAAAAACUUCAACCACCACAAAGACCUCAACCUUCUCAAGUACUCAAACCAAUGCAAUGAUACCGACAAGCACAAGAACUUCAGAUAUUAGCAUAGAUCUUCCAGCCAUCACCAUGGUGUCUAUACCAACGACAGUGCCUCCUACCACUGUAGGCAGAGCUGCAACUGAGCCAUCAACAAUGAUUCAGGUUACCACAAGUAUAUCUCAAGUCCCCACAGCAGAGAAUGCCUGCAUUUCAAAUCCAUGUCUUAAUGGAGGUACUUGUAUCAAUGACCAUAAUAGCAGAAGAAAAUGUCUGUGCUCACCAAGCUGGCAAGGGAUGAAUUGCAGCAAAGAUGUGGAUGAAUGCCUUUCAAAUCCAUGUCCGUCUCCUGCAAAAUGUGUUAAUAAUUUGGGGUCUUUCUCCUGCAAGUGUCAGCCAGGGUAUUACUUUGAAAAGGGAACAGGAUGCAUUUUGGCAAAGACCUUUGCUGGUGUUCUCCACAUGGUCAACAAAUCUGGAAUAUCAAGACAUGAGCUGGAAGGAGAUAUUUUAAAAAUACUUAAUGCUUCUCUGUUUUCCCUGAAUGGUUACUACACAUCUGUUAUUGCAGAUUUAAGUGAGACUAAUGACAGUGUAUCUGUCUUGAACAUGUUUGUCCACUCAUCAAAUGUGACUCUCCAGGAAGCGCGGAGCAGUGUGCAGAAUUACAUUAGCAGUUGCCAAUCUAACACGGGAAGCUGCCAGAUUGUGCUAAGUCAACGACUAUUUUACAAAGCUGAAACGUUAUGCAGCUUUACUAUGCCAAAAUGUGACAAUGCAACUGCAGAAUGUAAUGCUGAUAGCGGGACUGCAGAAUGUCUGUGUAAGGACGGUUAUUUCAAGUAUAAUGAUAUGGAUCAUUCAUGUCGAGCAUGUGAUGAUGGUUAUAAACUAGUGAAUGGAACCUGCACCCCUUGUCUGUUUGGAUUUGGUGGAUUCAACUGCAAAAAUCCUUACAAACUCAUCACUGUGGUGAUUGCUGCAGCCGGGGGAGGAUUGCUGCUGAUCUUGGGCAUCGCAUUAACUAUCACAUGUUGCAGGAAAGAGAAGAAUGAUAUCACCAAACUGAUCUUCAAGGGUGCUGAGUUUCAGAGGUCCACCUAUGCUGAGUUCCCCAAAAAUCCCCGGAUAUCAGUAGAGUGGGGCAGGGAAACAAUAGAGAUGCAGGAGAACGGCAGCACAAAAAACCUGCUACAGAUGACAGACAUAUACUAUUCAUCUGGCUUCAGGGGCUCAGAAGUGGAUAGGAACGGUCUGCACCCUUACAGUGGUCUACCAGGAUCGCGCUACUCUUGCAUAUACACUGGACAAUACAAUCCAUCCUUUAGCAGUGACGAAUCAAGGAGACGAGACUAUUUUUAGCCAAUGUAAUAAAUGAAUUUGUCAAAAACAAAUGUGGGACCAUUGAGUCAGAAAUAAGUAGAAUUAUUGACAAAAAAGCUGCAUUUCUGAACAUCGAUGGAAAAGGACCAGUGCAAUGUGAAGGAGAAGUUGCCUGCAUUGUAUUUCUCACAGCAACUACACUGUGAUGGACAAAUAAUGGGACUCGUAUCAUCAGCUGUAAUGAAUAAAUUCUUUAGUUACAGCGUAAAAACUGCUUGCAAAUGGGCAAGAUACACUGUAUUUUUGAAAUUCAUGUUUCUAGUUUAUUAAUAACUUAUAAACUGAUACAGUAUUUUCUUACGGAUCAAAUGAUAAAUGUUGCACAACUCUAAGAAACACUAACUGAUGAAUUUGUGGAAGAUGCUGUUGUCAUCUCUAGCCUAGUACUCAAUUAUUAUGUGGAAGAACAGAAAAGGAGAUUUACAACCAAUCAAGUUUGGACUUAAUUCAUACCGGAGUUGUUAGCACCAGCUAUAUGAAUUCUUGUCUGAUUCUGUAUUACUGCUUUUUCAUCAUUCAUUCUUUUUAUUCACAAUAGAUCUUCCAGGUGCAAAACAUGAAUUAUAGAAGAAAAUUGUUCUUGUGGAAACGCUGAAAAAUUGCACUUAGAGCACCACGUGCCCAUUGUACCGGGGUUUGUACUGUUCUUUUGGAUUUCUGAUUGUUGGUAUUUUCAGAGCAUUCAGGAUCUCUUUGUUACCAACCACUGCAAUUGCUUUACUCCCUCUGAGCAACUAAACAGCUAUCCUUACACGUGACAUAAAACUGCACUGCGUCAAUUGGUCUGCAUUGCUCCAUAUUUAUGCUGUGACUUUGUGUAGCUGUUGCAUUUCUCUGCCUGUGGUAUAUUUAAAUGAAUCUCUUAACUCAACUGGCAGCUCCAUUCUCAAUAUUUUGAAGAACAGAAACUAACUUAUGAACAGGAAAUGGUAGUUGAUUUUAAUACGGUGUGUCCAUUUAAAUUGAUCCUUAUAUCAGUUUUGACACCUAUAAAGUAUAAUCAUCAUGUUUCUCAAUACAUUCUUCAGAAUCUAUUUGCAUAUUAUUGUACUUUGAGACAUAGAAAAGUACAGCACAGAUACAUGCCCUUUGGCCCAUCUAGUCUGUGCAAACAAUUUAAACUGCCUACUCCCAUUGACCUGCACUAGGACUAUCACCCUCCAACGAGAUUGUGUCUAAACCUCAUUUUCUGGCUGUGUCACCUUAACCAGGAAGAUAAAUGAUGGUUAAGUAUAUUCUAACUGCUCCAAUUUCCUGUACAAAAAUGGAUUACUUCAAGCUCAUCUUUUUUUCCUGAUUCUAAUUGUUGUACUAGAUUUUACACUGGAAGAUCAGGAAUGGGUGUCAGAUAAUUUUGAAAUGACCCGAGUGAAAAUAAAAUAUUACUCACUAUGUUGAGUAAGACCUUGUGAAAUUAGAAAUCAAUAGAAUCUAGAUAAUGUUUCUGGAUGAUUUGGAAAUUGUGGUGCCAAGGUGCAAUGGAUCUAUUUUACUUCCUUGUUCCUAGUAUCUGUGUUAUUUCCUGGUUGCUAGUAUCACGUAAAGGGAUCUUCUCUGUUGGUGUUUAACCUUAAAUGAGUAACUAUCAAGCAAUUAAUGACAUAACCCACACUGGAAAUACUAGAUGAAUCCUCAAGAGUUAUUUCCUUCAUCUAAAUUAUUUUUCCUCUUUUUCGCUUUGUUUCUGGUUUUCUGUAUUUUUUGGUUGAUUGAAUAUUGUGUUUGAAGUGAACCAUUUUAACAGAUUUUAAUGUAUUUAGAGAACGAGUUUUUGUUUUACCAAAAAUAUUGCAGAAACUGGCGUUCUAGUCAGUACUGUACACCAGAAAAUUAAAAUAUUUGU